ACGCGGCCUGCGACCUACAGUGUUGCCUCAAAGAUCCCCGUCCGUACUCUCAGCAUCGUAUAUACCUUGUCCAGCGCGUCUUUCCCAGCCCAUUACACCCUCAUGCCUGACAUGACCUCGCUUGCUCAUCCUCAACAGAGAUCCUUCAACCCCUACAGCGAGAACGGCGGUACCAUCCUCGCCAUUGCUGGCGCUGACUUCAGUGUCAUUGCAGGUGAUACCAGGCAGAGCGAGGGCUACAGUAUUCAGACACGAUAUGCCCCAAAGGUCUUCAGAUUGACUGAUCGCGCAGUACUCGCUGUUAAUGGCUUCGCAGCUGAUGGCAACAUGUUCGUGAAGAAAGUAAAACAACGUCUCGAGUGGUAUCGACACGCCCAUUCAAAAGACAUGCCUCUCCGCGCAAUCGCACGACUGAUACAAACGAUGCUUUAUGCUCGACGAUUCUUUCCUUAUUAUGUCUAUAACAUUUUGGGUGGUAUUGAAGAAGAUGGAACCGGUGCCGUAUAUUCCUUCGAUCCCGUCGGUUCUUAUGAAAGAGAGGCCUGCCGCGCAGCAGGGGCCGCUCAAUCUCUAGUACAACCAUUCCUUGAUAAUCAGAUUUACUUCAAGAACCAGACUCCUGCCCUAGGAACUUCACAUCCCGCACACCUACCUUUACCUACAGUUUUGUCCAUAGUCAUUGACUCGUUUACGAGUGCUACCGAGCGGCACAUCGAGGUUGGUGAUGGCCUAGAAAUGUAUGUUGUCCUCGCCAAAGGCCGUAAUCUGCAAGGAUUGGAGGGUGUACGUGGUAUGCAGGAACUAACUGUGACUGACGAUGGCGAACGUGUGUUCGUUGUACGGAGAGACCUGAAGAAAGACUAAAUUCCUGUAAUCGGACGUGGGCAAUGGUCAGCCUUUUGCAUACUACUGUUGUUGUGAAAAUAGAUCCAUUGGUCAUGGGUACCACAAACGCUUUCCAAUUCACAAUUCAUCGACACAAGACUCGAGAGCAUUUAUGUUUUUUGCGCUGUUGUAGGAUGUAAUAUACGUAACAGCUAUAGACUAGUCAGCAUUGAUCAAGAACGUCUUUCAGACGCUACUUAUUGCAUACUGCAUGUCAUGAAUUGCAUGAACUUGAUGCAUUU